UAGAGUGUCCAGUUUGCCAGGAUUUUGGACCGUGGGAGGAAGCCGGAGACCCGGACUUCUAAAAUGUUAGCUAUAGGGAACAUAGAAGAUGCAGACACAGGCCAGAGAUUGAGUCUGAACUGAGGAUGUUGUUCCUAUGAAUAUAGGAGAUGAGUCCUUUUGAAAGCUUUAAAUUUAACCCGGAAGUUCUCUCAUUAAUGGAUUGGAUAUUUGAAGUAUUAUGUGUAGACAAGGUGACUCAGUGGAACGGUGAUUGCUAAAUGUGUUGAUUUUAUGUUGUAAUUUGGUUUUAUUUUUGAACAGUUGUGAGCCUUAUGUGGCGUAUUUAUGGUAUCUGAAUGGAACAUGAGGUGUUUCAGUCACACCUCUGAGGUUGGAAGUAGAUCACUGUCAUAAAAUGAGUGAUGCUGGGGGUGGAAAUAAUGUAACUUUGUGUGUGUGUGUGUGUGUGUCAAUGCGUGGGUGUUGAUGACUGCGCAUUAUAUAUAGACAUAGGCCAGUGUUUAUAAAAGUUGCACCUUGUUUAUUUAUCUGGUUUGUUAAGGAACUCGUUGUCUCCCGUCACUAUGGGAUAUACACUCAAUGGACCUCUGAAGCACUGUGUACUCGUCCUCAUGAUCCUGGACUUCCAGUGGAGGCCCGUCUUUUCUGCUCCAGUGCACACCAGCUGCAGAGAUAUAGACAAUGCCAAGUCUCUUGCAGCACUCCUGGGAGAGGAGACAAAUGAGCUGCUGGAUGAAUAUAUAAGUGUCCAUGGAUUCAGGCCUGAUUAUGUUACCGAUGAAAUUCUUGAUUACAGAAUUGUCGGCGUGACAAUUUCUGAGAAGCUGCAGGACGUCUACGUCAAGAAUCUGCUUUUUAAUUUGCACAUUGCAAAAGUGAAUGAAUAUCACAAGGAGAUUACUGGAAACUCAGAGUCUCUUUCCAUGCGCUUGUUCAUCGUCAAGGAAAGGCUCUCAAUGCAUUUAGCGAAAAUACAAAUCAUUCUCGGGAGCGUUUGCCCAGAAAUCCCUUUACCACCAACACCAGGCACACUGCAACUCCACCAUGACCAUAGUUACGCUAAAAAGGAAUAUGGACUGAGUGUCAUAGUCACACUGAGGGACUGGCAUAAACAAGUGUGGCAGGUACUUGAGGAGGCAAAGAACUUGUGUGACCAACAGGAUGCAAGGAUUCUUAGCACAUGAGUUAUACUGAGCUGUAUGAAUGUUGCCCUGCAGCACAUCGUUUACUGUGUUACCAUGGACACCAGCAAUCAAACAUAUUCUGAAUAAGACAUAAUUGCGGUUAUGUUUUAAUGUGAGUGACAAAUGCAAUAUUGUAGUAAUGUGAAAGAACACAGUCGGAUGAUAAUGACUCAGGUCUACGGUCCAUCCACAGCUGUGAACAUUCCAAAAGGACAUUGUAAUCUGAUCAGGACAUAUGCGUGUCUACAUAAUGUGGCUAAAAUCUGAUUGCUGCACGGCUAAAUCUGAGUAUAUGAGUCGAUUCAGAAAAAGGUGUUUUUAGACUAUUGCCAUAAUCUGGUCAGAAUAAUGCUGUCUGUGUAAACACAGUCCUUGAAUUCAUAUAUUUAUAUCAGCUGUAAUAUGUUGUAUCUGUCGUAUUUAUUUAUGGAGUAUUUAUUUAUUUAAAUGAAAGCUGUAAUUCUUUUUUUCUUUUUUUUUUAUCUGCCUGUGACUGUAGUUUGUCUGCUCAGUGAAAACAGGUUUGCAUCAUCAGCUGAUUACUGCUGUAAAAUGUAAAACGUAAAAAUGGUCCCUCAGUAGGAAAGAGUACUUUGCACAUUGUAUUUAUUUGUUAUUAAAUCCAUCUUUUGCACAGUC